AUGAUGGAGGCAAUAGGAUUCAGACAAACUAAAUGGAAACGAGUAAGCUGGAACACCAAUGUUACAGCCAUUCAGCUCUCGCCGACGUUGGAUAAAACUUGUCAAAUUCCAAGGGAUGAAAGAUCCAAUAUCAGCAAUAUUACGCCCAACUCCAAAGAUGACAAGAAGCCAGCGGCCUACGACAAUGACAGGGAGAAAUCCAAGUUGAAUCCUGAACUAGCCAUUUGCAGAGGAUGCCUGCAAGGGCUCUCGACGACAAUACCAUGCGAUCAAAGCUUAGGUGAAAAACCCACCAACUCAUCGUUGAACUGUAAACCUUCUCCUUUAUUUUUGUCACCUUGUGGUAUAAAACGUGCACUGCUUGUCGGAGUUACUUACAAGAACUGGAAGUACAAGCUCAAGGGAACUGUGACUAAUGUCAAGAAUAUGAGGGACUUGUUGAUCGAUAGCUUCUUUUUCAAACCAGAGAACAUCCUCGUUCUCACAGAAGAUGAGACAACCGUAUCUAACUCCGACAAAGAAAAACAUAGAAACAUCGUUCAAAUGGCUUGUGAAGGAUUGCCAGGUUGGUGAUUCACUAGUGUUUUAUUUCUCCGGCCAUGGCUUGCGGCAACGAGAUUUCACUUCGGACGAACUUGAU